CGUCUCUCUUCGCUUGCACUACAUCCUCGACUUGUCCAUUAGAGGCGCUCUGCAUGCCGGAAAUCCCCUCAAUACCGCGCCAUGUCAUCUGGGAACCAUGAGCAAGCAUUGCAGCAACUCCAGACCGAAGUCAAUCGGAUUCUCGAACAAACCGGCCGAAUAUUUGCAGCGGCCAAUGGCUCGUCAAAAAGUACUCCGCAAGCCCAGAUGACGCGGCUUCGAAAGAUUCUGCCCGAUGCAAAUGCGCGCUUCCAUGCCGCUUUGGACGAACUGGAAGAAGAACUUCAAAUGGCACAACUAGUCAUGCGGCGUGAUCUUGCAUUGUAUCGCGACAAGUCCAAGACCCCGAAGGAUGCUCCUCAGAUUGAAGCACCUUCCUCGGAGACACUGGAGAAAGAAGAAUUACCAAGUAGCGAAACUCUAGCAGGUGACGAAAUGGAAGACGUCAAAAUUGCCGAUGCGUCGCCGAGCGGUGCAGUCAAAGACGAACCAACGGCGGAACCUGCACCGACAUCAACUGAUGAGCCACCUUCGACGAGCCCGAAGACGAAGGCCGAGCAGCCUGAGGAGAAACCCGAACCCGCUCCCGAGCCUGAUGUACCUACCGAUUCUAAACCUCAGCCCGAAACCCAGGACAGUGAACAACCAUCCAAAGACGAGAGCACGCAAGAUCCUCCCCCAGACUCCACCACCUUCUCCAACACUCCCGACCUGGACUACCUCUUCGGCGGUCCCGUCUCCGCCGAGCCCGGGGACAACGCCGCAACCGAGUUCAACUUCGGCGAUCCAAACGGCACCAAUACAGGCGCCGAUGACUUUGACUUUGACGCCUUCGCCAACAGUCUCGCCGGCGCCAAUGGCGGAAUUCCCGUUGGAGAUGACAACAUCGCCUCCCUGCUCCCCGGCCUAGAAGACUACGCCAAUACCGCCCCCGUGCAGGACGCAACCAUGGAUUUCGACGACAUCUUCAACUCUACAUUGCCGACAUAUAACGCGACUGGGGAUGAUGGCAAUAACUCACAGGCCGGACCGCCGCAGGACACUACCUUUGACGAUCUACUUGAUUUGCCGGAUUUUGGCGUGGGAGAAUUGACCGGCGAGAAUGGCGGAGAAGACGGAGGGGCAAAUCAGGAAUUUGAUUUUGAUAUGAGUUGAGAGCAGAUAUUGCAGUUUGUGAAGAGAAGAGAGUAGUAGUGCGCAUCU